UAGGAGGACUGGAGUUUUGUGGCAGAAGGAGAAACAGCUGCUAACAGGAAAAAUGUCUGCGCUGCCUGAUGGAAAGAAACUGGUCCGGAGCCCCAGCGGUCUGCGCAUGGUGCCCGAAAACGGAGCAUUUCACAGCCCCCUCUCCCUGAACGAGCCGCAGUGGGUCCCCGAUAAAGAGUGUGCCAGAUGUAUGCAGUGCGACACCAAGUUUGACUUCAUCAGAAGAAAGCACCACUGCCGGCGGUGCGGCCGGUGUUUCUGUGAUAAGUGCUGCAGUAAGAAGGUGGCUCUGCCUCGGAUGUGCUUCGUGGAUCCGGUGCGGCAGUGCGCUGAGUGCAGCCUCGCCUCGCAGAAAGAGAUGGAGUUCUACGACAAGCAGCUCAAAGUGCUUCUGGGAGGCGGCUCCUUUGUCGUCACUUUGGGAACGUCGGAGAAAUCUGAAACCAUGACGUGUCGCCUCUCCAACAAUCACAGGUAUUUGUUCCUGGACGGUGAAAAUCACUUUGAGGUGGAGCUGUCUCGGAUCUCCAGCAUGCAGAUCCUGACAGACGGGUCGAGUCCAGGAGAGAGCGACAUUCACACGUACACCAGCCUGCUGGACAGUCAGUAUCUCUCUGAAGGAGGGACGUCACGGGCUAGUGGCAUGCUGCUCCACUACAAGCCGAUGGGCUCCCAGGAUGCAGAGCAGCUGAAGGUGGAGGCUGCAGACGACAGGAAGGCGGCCUCGCUGUGGCUCGCUGCCAUGCACAAGGCGGCCAAACUGCUGUAUGAAGCCCAGGAUCAGUGACCUGCAGAUGGACCCUUCACACCCAAGUGUUUGUACCCCCCCCCCCCGGCUUUGGUAUCAUUUGGAUUUUUAUUAACGCCAUUUCUGAUUCCGCUCUUUCCGUCUGAUUUCUCAUUGGCUCCUGAUACCAGUUCUCGUCAUGGCAAAUCUGCAAGAAAUGUUUAUAUAAGCAAGGAAACACUUUACCUCUUUAACCCAAACUUUGUACAUCAUGUUUACCACAAACGAGAGGAUUGUUCUUCUUAUUUUGUUGCUUUAAUACAUACAUCAGGGCAUAAUGUUUUUACAUAAAUAAAGGAACAGCCUGAGCAGAGACAACGCAGGAAAUAUGCGUACCAGUUUAAGUUAGUAUCUGGAUUUUGGGAGAUUUUAAUUCCUGUGUUUUCACUUUGUCAGAUUUAACGGUUGUUUUUUCAGCCUCAAGAUCCUUUAAAACUGUUUAACUAUAACAUUAUAACACACAUUCAUACCUUUCAUAACUUCAGAGAUGCAGUCAAACUUCAGAUCGAGGCACACCGUUUGAUUCAAUAAUAACUUUAUAUGCUGCAGUUAAUUUUACUCUUGGGAUUGAAUUCCUGGAAGAAAUGAAGAAACACUUUACAGGUCCUAGAAGGGAUCAUUUUUUAUUAUGCUGAGCCUUCUUCCACAGAGGUCAGAUAAACCGCAACAAGUGGGGACUGGGUGUCUCAAAGGACCGUUAGCAGCUUGAAGAUUUAAACAGAUCUUCCAGAUAAAGCAUUGUCUGUGGCAGGUCAAAGGCCGAAUCCACCUUUAAACCCUUCAACGCAGAUUAAAAAAAGCAGCCAUGUGUGAUGCGUUGCUUUUCAGAGCCCAAAGUUUCCCAUUUCCCCCAAAAGACCAGAUUCUGGGAAAUGUAGGAUUGUCUAACUGACGCAGAAUUAUGAAGAAACAUAUUGAGGAAACUUUAAGGAUAAACUUCCUGAAAAGCAAAGAACAGCAAAGAUGUAUUCUUAAUUUAAAGAGGCCCUUUUAUGCUCUUUAGGGGUUUCCCUUUCUUUCCUUUGCUUCCAUUUAAGUUGACGUGUAAGUUCAGGUGACAUGUUUCUUCUUUUUUGUAUAUUCUCACGUUAAGAACUUGUACUCUAUGCUACAAAUAUUUACAGAUUAAAUCUUUAGGCUUCGCUGUCUAAGGAGAGACUAUUCACUGACUCUAGUGAAGCAUAAACACACAGACGCUUUAAAUGUAGUUUCAUGUAUUGGAGUUUUGUACGAGCUAUUUUGUUAACUAUUCCUACUUUAACACGAGGUGUGUGUGUGUACGUACCCGCAUCAUUUUAUAACACUUAAAUAGUUAUUCCCUUUGACCUUACUCUGAACCAAGUCUGAUUUUAUUUUAUUUUUAGCAGAUGUUUGAUCAACCAAAAGCUUUUCGGUUCUGGUUGAGUUUGUUGGUUUUGCUUCCAAGGACCUAUUUUAAGGAACCAUGUCGUUGUGACUUACAUUGUGAAAGUGGUGAGAGAAUUAAGGCCAGUGCAAGAAAAAUAAAUGCCCCAAUCAACUUUGUUAAUAUUUCUAAAACUUGGCUUGGUUUGUGCCUCUUGUGUGUCACUACAUUGUACUCAGAGCUUUAGAUCCCUAUUUCUGAACUAUGAAUACCCAGAAGUCUUUAAAGGUAUCAUUCCUAAGAGUUCCACAAAAUCAAUCCCUGUUUUCUUAUCUGCAGCUACUCGCUGUGUUCAAAGGAUCUAAUUAACUCUGUAAAGGUUUCAUUGGUUAACUGGUUUGUGUUGAAGUCUCUCAUUGCAGUGCUGGAUUCAAGUCGCCUACAAACACACGAGGGUCUCACUGUAAGUCGAUGCAUCGAUGCAGCAGGUUUAUCUCAGUGUUAAAAAUGUGAGGGGGACAUUUCCUAACGCUGCUGCUUCUCAAUUAUAGCGUAUAAAGCGGGACACGUGUGGCGCUCUGAGGUGAAUGUAAUGGUAACACAUGAGAGACACAAACUAGGGUUUCCUAAAAGUCAGAUGUCACCUCCUAACAAAACAUGAAAUGCUAUCUGGACCUUUUAAAUGAACAUUUCCUAACCCUAUUUAUUCCCAGAUGCCAAUAUGUGAUGCUCUGUCGGUUUGAAAAACGAUAAACAUUAUGACAUUUUUGGUUUUAAAACACAUGUUUAUGAAAACUUAGCUUGUGUUUGUGAAUUUAAGAAUGUUGUGACUAAGAAAUGUGUAUCUUUCACUAGCUGCUCCAGGGUGAGACAUAUGGAUGGAAAAGCUAAUAACCGGACCUUACGUUCUUUGAUACGACACUUCAAUUCUCAAACAUGCGUGACUUUUAAUCUGUCUAAAUCCCGAAUAAACACUUCCAUUAUAAGUCUACUAUAGCACAUCAGUUGCCAACACUAUGUGCUUUAUUAAGCUAAGAUUAAAACGUGCUGAUAUCUCCGUGUCUUCCCCCUUUUUCUCGAAUCAUAAAUCUACGAGUCAAAAGUCCUUUAACGGAGCACAGAUUUGGGUUUGUUGGCCUUUUUUGUUUGUUUUAACUUUCACGUCAUUGAUACGGAAUGAAAACAGCAUCCUCCACCACCACUACUUUGUAACAUAAAGUUUAUUUUUAUACGCUGCUCACCUAAGAAAUUACAUCACUAGUUGUUGCUUAGUUUGAGGCUUUUUUAGAGCAGAGAAGGAGGAAGGUUUUGUGAGUGUUUGUGUAAACAGGCGUGUGUGUUUGUUGUUGUUUGUGUCAUUACUGUACGUUCACGAGGUUCUUCCAUUGUAGAGCUGUGUGUUAUGAAGGACACGAGAGGGCUGCACAGCCAUGAACUAAAGUGAUCACAUCUAUUAUUCUGUUUGACUUAUUUAACUCCUUUUUUGGCUGCAUUUAUCCGCCACCAAUAAGAUGUAUGAUGCCAGUAGGUAGGUAGGUAAACAUCUUAAUCACAGUGGAAACCAUGCUGUGCUCAUUUAAAAUGCAUUAUUUGGUGAUUUAGCAUCUUUUUUUAAGACAUUAAAAGGUUGUAAAAUGCAUUUUCUGGAUUGCAAAGGCACAAAUUUGCAAUAAAUUCCCAGAUCCCUGCAGAUAAAUGUAAUAUAAUGUAUUUGCCCUUUAUUCCCGGCACAGUUGCCCGGGGACGUUUGAAAUAUCUUGUGAUUGCUUGUUCAUUAGUUAUAGAAGUAUCUGAAACGAUAUAUGAUCCUCUUGUGAUUCUGUCUGUGCAGCCCUCUCACUCUGUCCUCAGUUAAAAUGCAAUGAGGUUUUUUCUUUAUGCACUGUGUGACUUCACUAAGUCGUAUUCCGGUCAGCCAGUGUUUGUUCCUGCACUUUAAAGCCCACCCUGAUUAUUGCAGCCCUUUUUUUUUUAUCCCAGAGCUUCAUUUUUAUUACGCUGAAAAUGCUUCUACACCUUUUGUUGGAUUAUUCUGUUGAGAAUAAAAUCAAGUGUUUAUACAUUUUUGGUGUCUAUUGUGUCAUUUGGAAAACAGUAUUCCUCUAUAAUCAAACACGCAGACUGUAGGGGGACAGAAAAUACAUGAAUACGUGCAUUUUUCACCAAACUUUUAGUCAUCCUCAAGACUUUAUUUAGGAUAUUUUGCACCAAAUAACUUCAUAUUGUGACUACUGGUUUGAAAAUCAUUUCGUUCGGGGGAAGUGACUCAUGCGGUCUUUGAACGCAGCAUCGGCAGGGUAUACGCACUUUCACUUCUGCCGGAGUUUACCAACAGUCUGUCGAUGGGGUUGCAAACGACCAACUUAAAGGCACGGUAACCGGAACAGGCUUGCAAUAAUGAAUGAGCUUUGGAGGAGAGAGAGGUGGUUUCUUCCUCCUGGAACCUCUCUGGUUGGGAUCCUGACACCCAGUGUACGCCCAAAGGAGAGCGGUCCGAAGGAAACAUCGCUCGAUCCCUUCUUUACUGGGCAAGAUUCCGGUCCGGUGAGGACUAGGUCCAUCGGCAUCCGCAGUGAUUUCUGAGAAGCAUCCUCUGCCGUGAAAGAGGAGAAGGUGGUCCAGUUCACCAAAGUCAGAGAUGCUCCUGCUGCUUUGUUGUUACUGUUAACGAUUGGAGGGUUGGUGGAUCAAUCCCCAGCCCCUACAAUCACCAAAUCAAAGUUUCCGUGGUCCAAAUGAUGAACCCCAAAUAGUUCCCAGUCUGUGAUUGUUUACUUCUCCUUUAUAACCAGACUAAGAGUGAUUGUGGGUAACUGCUGACUUAUAAUUGUAAAAGGUGGCUAAGGGGUCGCAAAGCUUUAUUAAUGGGAUGAAUUUUCUAAAUCUUGAUUUUAUUCCUGACUCGUCGCAAUAUACUAUAACGCUAAUGUGGCAUAUUUUUUACGUCUGUUGGACGUGUUAUAUAAUAGCAUUAAUCAAGACAUUGAGAAAUAAUGGUUAAAACCAAGGAAUAGAGAUUAUGAGAGAUGGAGACAGUAGAAGGAUCGCAUGGUCGGGACAUUAUUAAAAUGGACCGUGGUCAAAAUGUCAAAACAACUUCUUGCAUUAUGUAUUGGAGACAGCUAGGAUCAAAGACAGAGAGGGUCCUGGUGCCUGACAUCAUCCGAUACGGCACAAAUUGGGUUGUUACUGGGCUGAAAGAGAGUGAGACUACACACACACACACACACACACACACACACACACAUUCAGGCAGACAUACAUGAAAGCAAAACAGCUGAUAAGAAACGUCUAUAAAUAUGAGCUUGAAUAUUGUGAAAACAGUCGACUCCGUGAAGACACCCGGCCCAGCUUCAGAGGAUUCUCCUCAACACUCGCAUAUCAUUUUGUAAUCUGCAAAAAAUAAAUGUUACUUUAAACUUUG